AUGGCACUAGCUAGAAUUAAGGGAAAACGAAAUUUCAAGAAAUUCAUUCAUAUCAAUUCAAUGGAGAAAUUACCUUUAGAAAUCACAGAAAACAUACUUUCUAGGUUACCAAUAGCCUUGCGAUUGCAAUGCAGAGAAGUAUGCGGAACAUGGCGUACUUUGAUGCCUAAACCUAAGAUGGGUUUACUUUACAAGGUUUCAGCCCGUAAUAAGGCCGGUGAAUUUGAAGCACGAUUCUACUUUUCAAAACACAGUAGUGAUAAGGUUAGUGCUAAACAUGUCGAUGAUGAUGACUACUUCGAAACACUUACAAAGCUAGACCACGGCUUAAUCAUCCCACCAUCUGCUUUCAAAAGUUUCAUGGUUGGUUCUUGCAACGGUUUGGCUUGUUAUGCUUACAACCAGAUCUUCCACUUCGACUACGAUGAAACAAAAGUCUAUGUUUGCAAUCCUGUCACCGGAGAGCAGCACAUUCAGCUUCCGAUUACUAUUAAAUGGGACAUCAGUACUUAUGGGAGGAGGAAAAACACGAUUGGAUUCGGUUACAUUCGUUCUAGUUACAAGGUUGUUAGUAUCUGCGUGGAUUCUUCGCAGCCUGCAAAUGUCCAGGUGUAUACCCUCGGGGGUGGUGGUACUGGGUGGAGAAACAAAAUGGGUGUUUUUGCGGGUGGAGCUCUUUACUGGAUGGAUCAAUCCAAUGGACUGCAACCAAAAAGGAUUCUUGCUUUUGAUUUGGAACAGGAGAGGUUUGAAUUGCACCCAUCAAUACCUUUUCUUUUAUGUGACAGUAGCUGUGUCAGGAUCAUGGAAUUGAGAGGGAAUUUGUGUCUCCUAGAAGUAGUUCCAAGUAAACAUGUCGUUAUUUGGGAGUCCACGUAUAGGAAGACUGUCAAAUGUACACAAAAACAGCACAGGGUCGACGAUUCGGAUUGGCUUAAGAAGUUUAGUAUAGCAUGGGAAGACUACGGCUGCAUGUUUGAGCCAUUUGCAUUAUCAAAUAGCGAAAAAGGUUUGUUGUGGUACAAUGUGAUUGUCUCUUGUUAUGACUCUGAAACUAAUACUUUGAGAAAGGCAGAUGAGAUUUUGAAGAAACUCAAGGAUGAUUUUUAUAAAGUGGUAUUUACCACCACUCAAGCAACUCCUCACGUUAAUAGCCUCGUUUCGUGCUCCUGA